CCCACUGUUGUGUUUUACAGGCUCUCGCAUUCAUGUUUGAAAGCUUCUGCAAAGCCCGUCUGUGGUCUGUCUGCGUGGGAGGAGCCCGGAUUACAGCCCUUGGGACAUUACGGGCCACUAUAUGAUCCCGCCACAGCAGCGACGGCAGCAGCGAGAUAUGGGAAACGUCACCUGAGAGUGCUGUCUCACGCAUGUGGACGUUUUUAGAUCAACUCCUCUGCGACCUGACUCCUAUAUGGGCUAGUCGUCAUGUAUUUGAACAACAAGAGCCACACAGAGCGCAACAAGAAGAACACACAAAAAUGGGGUCGCCGCAGACAACACCCAGAGAAAGUGUUCAAACGGGCAUCCCGGAACACGGCAGAGACGAACCAAAAGCCGGACAGGAAGGAGAUCAAAGUCGAGCAGGAGGUGGCGCGGCACACGGCGUUCUCCAAGGCGUCCUACGACCUGAGCCACUCACAAAGGGUGAUGGAUGAGCUCACAUUUGGACGGCGGGUGGGCUUCUACGAGCUCAGAGGGGAGAUUGGAUCGGGGAACUUCUCUCGUGUCCGACUGGGUAUACACGACUUGACCAAAGAGAGAGUGGCGGUGAAAGUCUUGGAUAAGGCACGCCUGGACAAGCACUCGCAGGCGCUGUUGGCCUCGGAGAUCUUAUGCAUGGAGAAGCUGGCCCACCCAAACGUCGUUCGCCUUUACGAGGUGGUGGAGACCUCCAAGCGCUUGUACCUGGUCAUGGAGUACGCCAGCGGCGGGGAGCUGUUCUCCCACAUCUGCACUCGGGGCCGCCUCUCCGACAUGGAGAGCAAGCUGGUGUUUGCUCAGCUGCUGGCCGCUGUCAAGCACAUGCACGACAGCAACAUCGUGCACCGAGACGUGAAGGCGGAGAACGUGUUCUUCACCAGCACCUGCUGCGUCAAAGUGGGCGACUUCGGUUUCAGCGCGUGGUGCCGCCCCGACGACGUGCUGCACGUGCUGUGCGGUUCCCUGCCGUACGCCGCGCCCGAGCUCUUUGGGCGCUCGGGUUACGUGGGCCGCCACGUGGACAUGUGGGCGCUCGGCGUCCUCCUCUACUUCAUGACCACCGCCGCCAUGCCCUUCGCAGCCGCCAACGCGGGCAGGCUGAGGCGCUGCAUCCUGCAGGGCUCCUACAGCAUCCCCUCCUACGUUCCAGCCCCCUGCGGGGAGGUCAUCCGGGGCCUGCUGAGACCCGUCCCCGCCGUGUGACGGAGCGCCAC